AUGAAGUGUUUCGGUUGCGGUCAGGAGGGGCUCAUUAUUAAAAUGUGCCCCGACAGGGCCGGACCGGCCCCGCCGAGUGCAAAGCAGCAGCCCGCUGCGGCUAAGCAGGUGGGGAGCCAACCUGGUGAGGCUGGAGCAGCGGAGGAUCCCGCUGCCGCGGCGGAGGAACCCGCGGCGGCUGCGGUGGGAGAACCCGCGGUGGUAGUGGAUGAGCCCGCUGCAGAAGAGCAGGCGGAAGGUACUGUUGAGGUGUCAGGAGUGGAAAGUGUGAAAAUGAGUGUAGGCGUAGGGAUGGAUGAGAGCACAGUGUUGUGUGGUGAUGGGGUGAAUGGCGGUGGUGAUGGGGUGAAUGGCGGUGGUGAUGGGAUUAAUGGUGAUGGUGAUGGAGUGAAUGGUGGUGAGGGUGAAAGUGAAGUGAGGGAGAGAAAUGGUGUGCAGGGAGAGCAGCAGGUGAAGGUGAGGGGCGAUGAGGAGCAUUUAGGGUGUGGGGAUCAGGGAGGGAAAGGAGAGGUGCAGGUGGAGGAACAGAAUGAUGCAGAGUUGGUUUUUGGAACUGGAGUGGCAGGAGAGACAAGUGAAACGGAGGAGGCGAUGGAACUGGAAGCUUCAGCCCCGUUAAAGAGGCGAAGCAAAAGGAGGAAUGUGGUGACGGCUGUACAGGCCAGCAAGCAGGCCUGYAAGCUGGCUGCAGAGAGGAAGGAGGUGUCGGACAGCAGCGACAAUGAGA